UAAUGGUAUAACGAGUUCACCAUUUGGUUAACAGUAAACCCGAUGUCUGUCCGCAAUCACAGUCCCAUCAAGUCUUCUGAUGACACUCUGGAAGAAUGAUCCACAGAUGAGUGGACACAACGACUCUUGUGGUGUGUCUCAGAGCGACAUUUGGAGUCCGUAUUGCGACGCGAAGGCCAAGAAUGACAUCCAACGGGUGAAGAGCUGUUCCACUGAGCGAUGGACGGGUGUCUCGAAGGACAGCCAUCUGUGGCAGUGCUGUAUGAAAGUGGAGCACUUAUGCGUCCAAUUCCUCAUUGGCCAAACAAAGUGCAGACAACCGACGGAUAUGAAGGCCAUGAAAGAGAAGCAGAAACAGACGCUGAAGCGAACGGUGGACUCGGAGUGCGGCCGAUAUAAGUACAGCGCAAAGGACUGCAAACAACUGCACUCUUCGGCCAAAGAGUCGGCGGCCGGCGGUCUCUGCAAAGAAUAUUUGCCCUGUUUUCGCAGGUAUAAGGAGUUGCUCUCCAAAGGUUUGGCCAACUUUCAGGCAGUCGACGAGACUAAACCCGAUAUCGUUCCCGAACCCAACCCGGAGGGAGUGGCUCCCAAUCCUGAGGGGAACAAACCGCCCGGCGAUGGACCCAAUCCCGGCGGCGAAGGUCCCAAACCCGGCGGCGAAGUUCCCAAACCCGGCGGCGAAGGUCCCAAACCUGGCGGCGAAGUCCCCAAACCUGUCACCGAACCCGCAAAAGCCGCCAAAAGCCACUCAAUUGUUGGUCACGUUUGUAGCGAUGUAUUGAUCUUUGGAUCACUUUUGGCACUCGUCUUACACUUCAAUUGA